CAUGCUGCCCGCGCCGGGGCUUAGGGGCCAAUCAGAAUAAAGACUGUAACCGGGGGGCACUGAGACUGUCCCGCGCAACAUGGCGGAGAAUUUAAACGCCGUCCGUGGUUGUUCAGUUGAGGGUCUGUCCACAGAGUCUCAUAUUCAGGAGUUAUGUCGACUUCAGCAUGUAUGUUGUGCUGCUCUUGGGGUGAACCGGAAAAAUAUCUGCAAUUUUGAAGUGGAAUAUCUGUGUGACUAUAAGAGGGUGCAGGAGGAGGAACAUUACCUUGUGAAGUGGAAAGGCUACCCGGAUACUGAUUGUUCGUGGGAACCACGUCGCCAUCUCAGAUGUUUUAAUCUAAUUCGGCAGUUUCACCGGGAUCUGGAGCGGGAGCUUUUCCGAAGAGCAAAGGCUGCCGGGACAUCAACCAGUAAAAAAGUAGUUGGACGCUGCCCCCGCAGACUAGACUCCAGCCUCUCGCACUACGUGGUGCUUAAAGCCAAGCAAAGGCAACGGCUUCGUUUGUGGGAGCAGCAUCUGAAUUCCAAACGGGCACACCAUGGUCUUAUAACAGUAGAAAAUGAAGUGGAUCUAGAGGGUCCACCCAAGGACUUUGUGUACAUUAAUGAGUACAGGGUUGGGGAAGGAGUGACCAUUACCAAGUCUGCUGUAGGGUGCAAAUGUCGGGACUGUUUUACAGAUGAGCGAGGCUGUUGCCCUGGAGGUUUUCAGCACAAAUUUGCUUAUAAUGAAGAAGGACAAGUGAAAGUGAAGCCAGGCUUUCCAAUUUAUGAAUGCAAUUCCCUCUGCCGAUGUGGCCCAUUGUGCCCAAAUAGAGUGGUGCAGAAAGGAAUCCAGUAUAACUUCUGUAUUUUUAGGACCCCUGAUGGAAGGGGAUGGGGUGUGAGGACACUGGAGAAGAUACGCAAAAACAGCUUUGUAAUGGAAUAUGUAGGAGAGAUAAUCACUUCUGAUGAGGCGGAACGUAGAGGACAAAUCUACGACAGACAGGGGGCAACUUAUCUGUUUGACCUGGAUUACAUUGAAGAUGUUUACACCGUAGAUGCUGCUCACUAUGGAAAUAUAUCGCACUUUGUGAACCACAGUUGCAGGCCUAACCUCCAAGUAUACAACGUCUUUAUUGAUAAUCAGGACGAGAGGCUGCCACGUAUUGCGUUUUUUUCUACGCGUACAAUUCGUACUGGAGAAGAGCUCACGUUUGACUACAGAAUGCAGGUUGAUCCAGUUGAUGUUGAAAGUACAAAGAUGGAUACCAAUUUUGGAUUGGCUGGCCUAACUGGAUCUCCAAAAAAACGAAUACGAGUGGAAUGCAAAUGUGGGGCAAACAGCUGUCGUAAAUACCUCUUUUAAAUGCGGAUUACUACUGUCUGUGGGCAGGCAACUCAGGACUGCUUCUGCUCUCAGUACUUGAAAGAUCGGUUACUUGGGGAAAAGCUGUUUACACCUACUUUUAAGGCUCCCUUCUUCUAUCCUGACUUUUAAAAUUGGUGCUAAAGAUUUAUUUUUUUUUUUUUUAAAUAUGUGAAAAAAUGUCCCUCUUCUGUCCCACUCAUUUGGAGUGAUGAAUACAGCCUGGACUUUUCUUUUUUUCUUAUUUACUUGAAUUUUUGCCACCCUGGCCUUUUUAUUAUUUUAUUUUUUUAACAUCUCUGGGAUGGGCUGCAAUUACACAUACUGGCCUCUGCUGUCCUGUUACGGGACAGAUUUUCAGUGUUCCCCUCUCCUUUUAAUGAACAAUCGGAUGAAUUUUUAUAGAUUACUAUUGUAUGACAUAUUCACUGUUUUAUCUUUUUUAACCCUUUUAAGUCUGACCCUUGUUAUGUAAAUACAAUAACAACAUGUAAUCUAAACAA